UCGGCCUCCCAGAGUGCUAGGAUUACAGGCGUGAGCCACCGCGCCCAGCCUACUCUGUGCCUUUUUAACAACAGAAAACUAUUAGUAUUAAAAGGAUUGGACUUUUUCCCCUUUUGAUUGAAUUUGGAGGAGGUAGAGCAAUCUCUUCUGUUAAUAGUAAUAAUAAUAAUGAUAGCUAAUGCCUAACACUGUUAGGAUGUUUUAACUCAUUUAAUCCUUAGAACAAACCUAUGUUGUGAAUACUAUUAUUAUUCUCAUUUUACAGACAAGAAAAGUUAAAUGUAUACCUCUGAUAAUUGUACAGGACUGUUCCAUUAGUAUCUGCCAGUAUUUUAUUUUAGUAUUUGCAAUAAUCAAUUACAUGUUAGAAAUUUUGUACUGAUUUAUUUUCUAAAUCAGUAUUUCCUGCACUCAUAAUCCAAAAUUAUUGAGUGUAUAAGUGUAACAGAGGGAAUGGCCUGUCUCUUUAAAACAUUGUCCACUCCUUUUUGAGAACUAAAACCUGCAUCCCUGCCUCAGGCCAGAGGUUGGGGCAGGGGCAGGAUAAGUCUUAUUUGCCCUAAAGAAGAUGGCCCAGCCCAGACCUGGUAAAGGGAGGUCCUAGCGUCAGGGGAUUGUCUUCAGUGGAGAUGGAUCAGAAUCAUCAACUUUAGCUGAACAGUAAUUGCCUGAAGCUGAGAACCCAUCCUUUAAAAGCUCUGUAUUUCUGCUUCAUUAGGAGGACGAUGGCUUUUCAGACAGGAGUCUCCAUCCUCCUUCUUUGCCGGCAAAUAAAAUUUCUCUUUCCUUCUCCUCAAAACAUUUGUUCUUGUUCUUCUGAUGCAGCGUUGAGGACAACUGGCCACUUUCGGUAACAUAAGUACACUGGGCGAGUUCCUCAGUUUCAAUCUAGGUAACCUUUAAAUGAAACUUGCUUAAAAAUCUUAAAUCAUACACGGAAGAGAGACACCAGUCAAGAAAAUCAGCCAUCAGGUGGAAAAGAAUGAUGUUGUCCUUAAAUAACCUACGCACCAUCAUCCAGAACCCGGCGAUCCCCUAUGUCGGCACUAUUCCCGAGCAGCUGGAGCCUGGAACUUUGAUUGUAAUACGUGGGCAUGUUCCUAGCGACUCGGACAGAUUCCAGGUGGACUUACAGUGUGGCAGCAGCGUGAAGCCUCGAGCUGAUGUGGCCUUUCAUCUCAACCCUCGUUUCAAAAGGUCCAACUGCAUUGUUUGCAACACUCUGAAAAACGAGAAAUGGGGAUGGGAAGAGAUCACCUAUGACACGCCUUUCCAAAAGGAAAAAUCUUUUGAAAUCGUGAUUAUGGUCCUGAAGGACAAAUUCCAGGUGGCUGUAAAUGGAAAACACACUCUGCUCUAUGCCCACAGGAUCGGCCUGGAGAAAAUAGACACUCUGGGCAUUUAUGGCAAAGUCAAUGUUCACUCAGUUGGUUUUAACUUCAGCUCGGAUUUACAAAAUACCCAACCAUCUACUGUGGAACUGACAGAGAUAAGUAAAGAAAAUCCUAGUAUUAGAGAAGGAGACUUUUCUAAAAUCGUACCCAGAACUGUCUGCACCAAGAACAAAGAUUCGACUGUCAAUCACACUUUGACUUGCACCAAAAUACUACCUACCAACUCUUUGUCAAAGACCCUGCCAUUCAUCGCGAGGUUGAACUCCCCCAUGGGCCCCGGACGAACUGUCGUCGUCAAAGCAGAAGUGAACGCAACUGCCAGAGGCUUUAACGUUGAUCUACUAGCAGGAAAAUCAAAGGAUAUUGCUCUACACUUGAACCCACGCCUGAAUACCAAAGCAUUUGUAAGAAAUUCUUUUCUUCAGGAGUCCUGGGGAGAAGAAGAGAGAAAUAUUACCUGUUUCCCAUUUAGUCCUGGGAUGUACUUUGAGAUGAUAAUUUAUUGUGAUGUUAGAGAAUUCAAGGUUGCGAUAAAUGGUGUACACAGCCUGGAAUACAAGCACAGGUUUAAAGAGCUCAGCAGUAUUGACACGCUGGAAAUUAACGGGGAUAUCCACUUACUGGAAGUGAGGAGCUGGUAGCUGAACUGACCGGUACAAAAUCCGAAAUACAAAUGGCUUCUGUGGUACUGGCCCUGCCCAAAUGCAUCUGUCUCUAUAUUGUUAAAAUGAGAUUGCAAAACAUCGAGUCCUCCUGGGUGUUCUCAGUCUUUGCCAUGCAGUGUGGCUACGUCUGGCACUGAAUGAGGAAAUGUGAGGUCACUCUGCUUUCACCUGAUUUGGCCUCUUCUUUUUAAAAUCACAUUCAACAAGUAUUUAUGAAGUACCUACUAUAAUAUAGUAGCUAACACAGAUUGAGCACAUCCUUUCGGUUGGCACUGUGCUAGGAGCUGGGAUACAUACACACUGGUGCUGAAAACCAGUCUGUUCCGUAUUCUCUUGAGCUGAGACUCUUCUGUGCCCUGCCACUGGGCACUGUUUUCCUGCAGGCAUCGUAUAAGCUCAUCAGGCGUCCUUUGGGAUUGAAGAGUUACGCAGCUAUUGAACCACCUAGACACUGAUCUGUACAAGACACUACUUCCCCACUGAUUGCUUUCAUACCCAGCGCUCUGUCACAUCCCAUAAUUGAUAGACUAAUGUUGACUUAUACCUGCAAUUAAUUUUCUUUAGCAUGAUAAACAGAUCUAGACCUACCAGCUGUAAGCUUUAACAAAUAAUUAACAUGACAUCUGAACACAGCACAGAAAUGAAGGCAAAAAACCAAAACAAAACAAAAAACAAACGGUGUUGAAAUUAACCUGAUGUCAAGUUCUAGGCAGGUGAUGUCUGUGUAGUUGAACUUAGGGUGAGUCAGAGGUCUAUAGCGACUCCUACAGAAAGUUUAAGGUAGAGGCAAGAUGCAUGUAAUGUGUAAGACAUUUGUGGGUAACAUAGUAAUGUCAAGAUUAGAAUUAAGGAAUUCACAAAAUAGGCACUAUCAGAAAGUAACACAUACCACUGAGAGACCCAUGAGGUAGGUAGGGAGGUAAGCUAAAAAUCUGUUCUUCAAGUGUAACCCACCGUUUGUCGCUGCUCCUUUAAAGAUUAGUCCGUCAUCAUUAGCAACUGAGAUCAAACAUUGUUAUGUUUUAAGUGAUUAAAAUCCAACCUGUCUCAACAAGUUAAA